AUGGAUUAUUUUAAUAGCGAAGAUAGCCUCACGGAUGAUAUGCUCUCAGACAUCGAAGAUGACUUUCAAGUUUCCCUUCGAAAUGAUGUCGAUAUAUGUCGGAAAAUCCGUGAGGUUGAAACAGGCGAUACUAUCAAACAUGCUCUGAAAGGAAAAUCCAAAAAGAUUGCUGAUUACGUUUGGAAGCAAUGGUGCCAAUACUCUAAAGGGAUGGAGAAAGCCGACCCGCUCCAACAUCUCAAAGAAAUGGACAAAAUAGAAGAGAGGUGUUUUCUGCGCUGGCGUCUCGAAACUGGGAGGAUGACGAAGCUAUCAUCGGUCCUCGUUUCAAGCCGACAUCUUAGAAUGAUGUAUAAGCAUCAACUCGGCGAGCGUCUCCACAUUCCCGGCAUCGACGAUGUUAAAGAGUUUAUCCGGGUGGAGAUGAAAAAUUUACACGAUCUCGAAGAAAGUACAGAUGUGAAGGAUGUCGCGAAUGCCGAUGAUAUGUUUUUGUUACUGUGCCAUCAUUGGAAACAGUCUGAAACGAUUUUUCCGAUCGAACGCUGCCGCAUUCAGUUGUCUUUAUACAUCCUCCUAGCCUGUGCGACAGGCUCUCGACCGAGUUUAUUUAUUGACCGGGAAGAUUGUCUCAAGUAUAAAGAUCUGAUCCUCUCAAAGGUCCGAGAUCCAAAUCAGCCGACUGGGCAAAAGCUUCUCCUGAUGCUAGACAAUCGGUUACAAAAAGGACAGAAGAACGAAAGCGAACCUAUUGCAUACGUACUUAUGGAAGUGGACAGUCCGCUGGCCUUUGAUAUUGUUAGUCACGUCGUCGCGUUAGCCUUUGAUGACGAUGCUUUUGAUAGCAAGCACAUAAGGAAGCCCGAAGAUUUGUUUGUCGAUGAAAUACCCAAGGAUAUGGAUAGUCUUGAACUUAAUUGGAAGGAUUCUAUUCGGGAUACGCCUUUAAUCAGAAGAGCAAUCAGAACGCCAAGGGGCCCCGAGAUAUCGAGAUCUCAAGCGGAGGUUUACGACACGAUAAACACACAAGUUCGUAAUCUAGGACAAGAAGUUGGAUUUGUGAACUGGACGAAGUUGUACAUCUUUCGCCGCGGCGCUGGUGAGGCAAUGGAUCCACGAGUAGGAGAACGUAUUAUCUCAGACGCACGCCGGAACCGUGCUCUUGGCCACGGCAGCAGUGAGGUUUUCAAUCAGUUUUAUACGAGCCGAUUCGCCCCGGAUAUUCAAAGCGCAUUUCUCGGAAGGCCGUCGGACCAGCAGCUAUAUCAACUCGCUACUCAUAUGAGACUCAGAAGGAAUCCGCGAGCUAAAAUUGAAGUACAGAAGAAGAUGGAGGGCUGGAAGUGCGAGGAUGACGAAUAUCUCGAGUUAGAUAUUCGGUAUCAGAAUCUUCGCAGAAAAUUGCUUGGUCGUCCGAUCAUCGGCUCUAAGUACAAGGCUAAACUGGAGGAAUUGAAGCGAAAGAGGGACGCGAUCAAAGUCAGGUGCAAAAAACAAGCGCACCGUGAGGCAUGGAAAUCCUUUUUUGCUCAUAGUGGGACACUUGAAAUUGAAAGACAGAGAUGCGGGGUUGUGGAGAAGUCUAGCGAUGGUUUACUAAAUAGCGACUUUUCGAAGGAGCGCGAGAUUUUGGCCAGAUGUCUGUUCCAACAACCUCUCGAGACUGAUACGGCGGGAGAUCGGCGCAAAAAACGCCUCGAGUGUAUUAGCGCGAUGAUAUCACUAUGUCGCCAACGAGAUAACCUUCCAAAGGUUGCACGGCGCUCACGACGGCUAUCAGACCUCGUCUCGCCGAAGCAGUAUAGUUCAGGAGGUGAAAAUUGCUGCAUCGCCGGGGAUAUGGACUAUACUCUUUAUCAACUGAUAUUGGACAUCUAA